CCGUGCCCGGCUCCCGCGAGCGUUGGUCCUCUUGUCGAGAGAUAGUCUCGCCGCGUUGUGUUACGAAAAACAUCUUUUUGUACCAUAACCAAACCAGUGCUGUGGAUUACAAAUUGAAUAGUGCUCCUGUGAGAUUGUGCCAUUCCUUGUGAUGUUUAGUGUACAAGAUGCUAUAGUGGAUUUGUAUUGAAAAGUGUGGGACGGGUUCCGCCUGCCGCCGGACGCCUUUUCUCUCCGAUCUCGGGAUAUCAUUAAGGUAUCAUCACGUUUUCGGUGCAAGAUUAUGAUGUGAACAGAUGAACCCACAAGAUGAUCCACAAAUUUGACACCCACGGCACCAACUGAACCAUCAAUCAUGGAGAAACCCCAAGACCUGGUCUUGGAAUCUCUCGAUCCCGAUUCCUCGAGAGAGGACGAUCUCAAAAACCUCCUUCGAGGAGAAAGAGAAAUCAACCCAGGAGAAGUAGGCUUCAAAAGAAACGUAUUUGAAAAAGAUAAAACAAAGGAAAACGGAUCAGGAAAAGAUGGAUCAACAAAAGAUAACAUAAAUAAAGAUAGCAAUAAUAGUGUUUUAGACAAUAAUUUUAGUAAUUAUGACAAUAUAAGGUGUAAGGGAAGGUAUGGGGGAGUGAGUUUGAAGGCUUUAGUGUUAUUGUUUUUUGUCACCAUCCUGGUUGGGACGAGGCUAGAAGCAGAAGCGAGGAGUGCAGAACCUCGAUACGAGACAGCAUAUGCGUGCGAAGGCAAAACCUUGAAGAUCGGCUGCGGAGAAGGCUACGUCAUCCAUCUAAUCAGAGCCAACUACGGCCGAUUCAGCAUUACCAUAUGCAAUGACCAUGGAAAUACCGAUUGGAGUGUUAAUUGUAUGUCGACCAAGAGUUUAAGAGUAUUGCAUAGCAGAUGUAGCAUGCACCAGAACUGCAGUAUACAGGCUAGUACGAGUAUAUUCAGCGGCGAUCCUUGUCCGAAUACGCUCAAAUAUUUGGAAGCACAUUAUCAGUGUGUCCCUGCAUCAACUACAAGUACUACAAACCGGCCGUCCCCACCUUGGUUAAUUACAUCUCAGCCCACGGUCUGGCGGUCCACAGUCCCCCCUGUGCCUAAAAAUCCUAUCCAAACUCAGCAGGGAGAACGGAAGAAACCUACAGUGAUUACACCGCCUACUUUCAGACCACAUAUUACCUUGCCACCUGAGGUGAAGUUGGGUGAUGUUGGCAGUAAGAAGACCACGACCAAGCAACCGGAUUCUUCAUCAGAACGGGACCCAGCGUUAGUACCAAGAGAUAACGUGCCUGUGGUGAAGGAAGAGAUACCCAAGGUAGACCCUGACAGCACCAGAAAUGAUAAGCCCAAGGAUCGAGAGGAGGAAACUGUGGCAAUAACAGAAGAAACUCUCCACUGGCCUGUGAAAGACGCUGACUCGGAUUCCACAUCAUCAGUCCACCUUCCUCCGAAGGUCAACCAAUCUCCAGAGAAGGAUCUUGAAGAUGAAUUUGAUCAGACUUAUUCAACCACCCGGACGCUGAUCCUCGGCAGAAGAUCGUACUGUCCUCAAGUGAACGCCCGAGGUCUGCAUUGGAACUGGACGAUGGCUGGUACUUAUGCUGUCCAACCUUGUCCUGGAGGUGCCACUGGUUUGGCUAGGUGGAAAUGCACAAUAUCUCCACACCAUCACAUAGAAGAAGAUCGUCCCCGACGAAGAAACCCAGGACUGCAAUCCGGAGAGAACUAUCACGACUUGGGACUGGACCAGCCUGACAAUCGGCAGAUGCAGCUGAUUAGACGACUUGGCUCUGAAGCCUUGCUGAAAGGUCGCGAUGGAGACGCUCCAGAACACAUGAUUGACUACCGAGGCAGUCCAAGUUUGCCUGAUGCUCAGGCUUCCAUUACCAAUCCGCAUCCUACAGAUGAAUAUUAUGCAGACACAAUCCCAGAAUGGCAUGGACCAACACCAGACCUGAGCGAGUGUCGUUCAGUAUGGCUCAACAGCCUGGAAGCCAGAGUCAGGGAGGGAGAGUCCCUGCUCAGCAUUAGCAACGAUUUGGCCCAGGUAACGUCUUCAAAAACCCUUUAUGGUGGAGAUAUGAUGACAACAACAAGCAUAAUGAAGAAGCUCGCGCUACGAAUGUCGCAGAAUGUGCAAACCUUCUCUGAUCCCAAACAACGCGAAGCCAUCGUCACCGACAUGCUGUUGGGAGUUAUUAAAACUGGAUCAAACCUUUUAGAAGAGAGCCAGCGAGCAUCGUGGGCUGACCUCAGUGCAGAAGCACAGAAUAGAGUAGCCAGUUCUCUGCUCACGCAGUUAGAAGAGAACGCGUUCUUAUUAGCCGAUGCCGUUACUAAGGAGAAGACUAUUUUGCAGAUCGUUAAGAAUAUUUGUCUGUCAGUGCGAGUGCUGGAAGUAAAGAACGUGGAAGACGAAACUUUUCCUUCAACUAUCGCGCAGGAACAGUGGAAGGCUUCAGAAGAUACAAUCACUAUACCUAAAGCUGCAUUACUUGACAAUCGCCAAAACGACCUAGUUCGCAUAGUGUUCUUUGCGUUCGACCGCCUUGAAGAGAUCCUCCCACCCACAUUCGGCAAGAGCCCCCAGUUCGCAGCCUUCUCUUCGGAUUCUUCACCUACCAGUCUGAACUCUGAUCGGGAAAAGAGGAAUGUUUCCAAGGUUUUGAACUCAAAAGUGAUAUCGGCAAGUCUGGGCAACGGGCGUCACAUCCAACUCUCCCAAAUGGUGCACUUAACUAUGAAACAUUUGAAGACUGAAAACGUUACCAACCCUGCCUGCGUCUUCUGGGAUUACACCUUGCAUGGCUGGUCCUCCGAAGGCUGUCAAGUGGAGUGGUCUAAUCUUACUCAUACGGGCUGCGCAUGCUCCCACCUCACGAACUUCGCGGUUCUGAUGGACGUCCAUGGCGUGGCUUUGGGUGCUAAGCACGAAAUGGCGCUGCGGUUAUUGACCUUCAUCGGUUGCGCCAUAUCUGCGAUUGCUUUGUUGGCUGCUAUUAUUGUGUUCCAGUGCUUUAGGAAUAUGAAGUCUGACCGCGUGCUAAUCCACAAGAAUCUCUGCGCCUGCUUGCUGAUAGCUGAAGUCGUGUUCAUGUGUGGCAUCGAUCAGACCCAAGAUCGCAUCCUAUGCGGAGUCAUUGCAGGGCUGCUGCAUUACUUCUUCCUCGCUGCUUUCGCUUGGAUGUUUUUAGAAGGUUUUCAUCUCUACGCAAUGCUAGUCGAAGUUUUCGAGCCGGAACGUCCUCGCGCUCGCUGGUACUGCGCCAGCGCAUACCUUGCGCCUGCACUAGUCGUACUAGCCAGUGCGGCAGCGUUUCCUGCUGGUUACGGUACUUCGAGGCACUGCUGGCUGUCCACUGACCGUUUAUUUGUUAUGAGCUUCGUUGGACCUGUCGCUCUCGUGUUGGCGGCCAACUGGAUUUGCCUCAGCAUGGUAAUUUACAUGAUGUGCCACCACUCCACCGUCUCUAUUAAGGCAAAAGAAAACUCCAAACUUUACAAAAUCAGGGUAUGGCUGAACAGCUCACUAGUGCUAGCUUUCUUACUCGGUUUGACAUGGACGUUCGGGCUACUGUACUUGAACGAGCAGACUGUCGGCGUCGCAUACGCAUUUACCAUUCUCAACUCCCUGCAGGGGUUGUUUAUUUUCAUCUUCCACUGUUUGCAAAAUGAAAUCUUUCAAAAGGAAUGCGCGCGCCUCGGCCGCCGUCACCCCUGGCUUUCAUGUUGCCUCCAUUUCACGACAUCAUCGUCUUCACAACCGUUACCCAACAACGCACCCACCGCCUCCUGCUCCAACCACGUUGACACACGUCAAGGGUCUACUAAAGGAAGACGGUACCAUCAGAGUGCGGCAGCUGAGAGCGACGACAUUGUAGACCCUAGAGAUGUUACGAGCUACAACUUGCAACAGCCCGAAGGAAGAUGGAAUAUUCGACCAUCCGCUCCAAUUUAUGUACCAAGUGACGAAACAAGAUCAAUUCGCGUUCCAACGCCGCAAAAUAUACCGCAUAGUGCAUCGCAUACGCAAAGCAUAGCGUCGAUGCACAGCUACAGAAACAAUAUCGACGUUAACGAUUACCAGAAUCUUCGAUCGCGGUCGCCAUCUUGUUUUUCCAACAAAAUGGCGGCGUCAAUUGGCGCGAACGAGUGGGCUCUCAUGGCGAAUGCGGGUGUAUGGAAGAACACUUCUUCUAAGCACCACGUCGGCAAUACUUCGACUCUGCCUCACCACGACACGUUGUCUCGACAAAUGGCCCAACAGAACCAUCUCCAUGCCCAAUACAACGAGUGCGAUGCCCCCAUCGCACCUGGCUCUCCACGUCAUGUCAUCAAGGACGAAGAAAGUCCUCUACACCAUCCUCAAGGGUACCAAACCACUCGCAGCUACAACCAUGACUUUCGCAACCCACAUGUCUUUAUGUCACAACACUCUCCAGGCAGCCAGGAAAUGAUUUUCAGGAAACACUAUAAAGAUGAUAAUAGACGCAAACAUCACCACCAUCAUGGCAGUCAGAACAUCAAUCAUACGUACUCCGAAAUAGCAUCCCAACAAGGAAGGAUUUAUAGACGUGGAUCAGAACAAGAAUUCAGAGUUAUCCAAGACGAUCCAGUUUACGAGGAAAUCGAGAGAAACGAGACAUUAAUGUCAGACAUGUCAGAUGAUAAUUCGGGGCCUGACAACUGUCGUCAGAACCCUGGACAUCACGGCUCGACAAGUUCUAAGUUUUUUGGUGAUCACCGACCUUUGAUCUCUUAUAGUCCAGGGGAUAGGCACCUACAUGACGAACAUUACGGGAAAUACGGAAAAUGGGACACGUAUGACCCGAGACACGCUUAUGAAAGCGGCAGGUUAAUGCAUCCGUAUCACCAGCCGCAAGAAAACAAUAUGAGAGCCCUAGCCGCAGUUUUAAAUGGAGAAAACAACGUUGUCUGCCAUUUGGAACCACAUAAUUCCUACGACGUUUAUCAACCCCAACCGGGGAACCCUAGAACUGUAUCACAGCCCAGUUUUUAAACAGUGCAGAGAAAUGAUAGAUUUGUUCAAGUGAUUUGACGUUAACGAAAUUAACGUAACGAGUGUUGUAAACUUUGGAAAGUUGUACAGAAAUAGUGAAUUUUUCUAUGGACGUAGACAUAGACCGUAAUAGUGACACAUAAGUGAUAGCGUUUACGUAGAAAACUUGCCAUAAUGUGGACUUUAAAACGUAUUUAUAGACGGUUAGGACUUUCGUUGUUUCAGAAACUGUUAUUUCACAAUUUUUAAAAUCAAGUAACAAGUUCAAAACGAGUUUGCAGUUAUUGGUCUUAUAUAAAUUUGUGGUGAAAUGCAAGUUUCUAUACGAACGAAAGGACUAUAGUUGUUAAAGUAACCUUAAAUCACUUUUUCCACUGUGAUCCUAUUUAAAUGUAAAGCUCAACUUUUACUUUUAAAAAUGGCGGAAGUAACAAAUUUGUAUAUACGUAUAAUGUUUAGUACUAGACUUUUAGUACUUCCAGUGUGACCUUAAUAUUUCUGUAGUGUAAUUUAUUGUUUGGUGGUCCAACUUCUGAUGUGCACUACUAAUUUUCAUACAAUAUUUAGAAGCGCAAUCGCAGCGGUACUAUCAUAUUAAAAGUUUUUUUAAUUAGUUUUAUUAUCCUUGGUUAAUGUCUUCUACUUGACGAAAUCUUAGGCGUUAAAUUGAAAUUAAUUUACUGUAUUUGCAAUUUUUGUAUAACUUUUUCUAUGUUAAUAAUUAAGGUAAUUUUAAUGUUUACAAUGCGUUAUUAAAUAUGUGUAUUAAGUUCUUUGGAAGAUGGACCACUGUCUAAUUUUUACACUAUGCUAUUUUUAUCGUAAAAAUUCUGUUGAUCAUGGCAUUUUCAGUAAUUUGCAUUAUCUUAUUGUAGGUACGAAAAUCUGUGAUGUUUCAUUUUGUAUGCUUUAGAAUUAGGUUCUCUUAGUUGACCCUUGUAAGACUCCGCUUGUUUAUCUAGUUUACAAACGCAGGAUUUUACAAAUAGUAGAAACGUGACUGAAAAUCUCUUGCAGCACUAAGCCAAUAUAGAACAGAAUUAAUUACAUAGUUUAUUAAUUAGUGGAACUAUUAAAGGUGUCCCUCAAGGUACACCUUUGGGCCCAAAGCUUUUUAAAAUCACGCCAUCUAGCGGAGGAUUCCAUUAAAAUGAAAUUCGUAGGUUUUUGUCAUGUUAUUCGUAAUGUGGAUACAAUUUCCUAUGUUAUGAAUAUGUCACGGUUCAUGUUUCGAGGUGCCGACGUCUCAAAGGUUUGUAUUACGCCAUCUAUUUGUGAAAUUCUGUAACUAAAAACUACACUCAGAUCUUUGUAGAACUUUUGUAAAAUCUAUAAUGUAUUCUAAAGAUAUUAUUGUAGAAUAAAAUAGAUCUUUGCGGAGUUCAGCUAUAGUAGUCACUGCCAUUCUUUGUGAAAAUGAUUUUUUUUAAAUCUUUUUAUAUUACUGGCAAAAUUACAGUAUAUACUGUCAACUUUAGCAAUUUUUGAAUGGACUUAACAAUCAUAA